CAGUCGUAAUAGUAGUUAUCUCAGCUCCCACCCACGUCUUCGACUUCAACAGAAAUCCAAUCCACAAAGUUCAGUCUCUUUUCUUCUAAAUCCCACAGAGUCUCAGCCUCACCCCCAUGAAUUCCACAAUCUGCAAGCCCACAAUUUCUCCUCUUCACCCAUCCUCAUUGUUCCCACAGAUCACACUCUGCAAAACCAUCAGAGACCUAAAGCAAGUCCAUGCCCACAUGAUCAAGACCGCCCAAAUCCACGACCCUCUGGCCGCAGCUGAAGUCCUCAGAUUCUGUGCGCUUUCAAAUGACCGCAAUGUCGAAUACGCACGGAAGGUUUUCGACCAGAUACGCCAACCCAAUUGCUUUUCGUGGAACACCAUAAUCAGAGGUCUUUCUGAGAGCAAUGAUGAUGACAAUCUAUUGGGGGCCUUUUUUUUGUUCUGUCGAAUGGUUUGUGAUGGUUUUGUGCAACCCAAUCAGUUUACGUUUCCUUCUGUGUUGAAAGCCUGUGCUCGAACGGCGAGGAUUAGAGAAGGGAAGCAAGUUCAUGGGCUGGUUGUGAAGUAUGGAUUGGAUAGUGAUGAGUUUGUGGUUAGCAAUCUUGUUAGGUUGUAUGUAAUGUGUGGGAUUAUCGAGGAUGCCCAUGUAUUGUUCCAUAGGAAUGUGAUUGAAUUUGGUAAAGGGGAUGCAGUUAUGACGAAUAAGAGAAGGGAUGAGGGGAUGGUAGUUUUGUGGAAUGUUAUGGUUGAUGGGUAUGUGAGACUUGGGAUGUUUGGUGCUGUUAGGGAGUUGUUUGAUAGAAUGCCUCAAAGAAGUAUGGUGUCUUGGAAUGUGAUGAUAUCUGGCUAUGCGCAGAAUGGGUUUUUUAAGGAGGCAAUAGAGAUGUUUCGUGAGAUGCAGAUGGAAGAUGUAUACCCAAAUUAUGUGACAUUGGUUAGUGUUCUGCCGGCGAUUUCACGUCUUGGAGCACUUGAACUGGGGAAAUGGGUUCACUUGUAUGCAGAGAAGAAAGAGAUUGACAUUGAUGAUGUGCUUGGUUCUGCUUUGGUUGAUAUGUAUUCAAAGUGUGGGAGCAUUGAGGAGGCGCUUCAAGUUUUUGAGAGGUUGCCGAAAAAGAACGCAAUCACUUGGAAUGCAGUGAUCGGCGGGCUUGCAAUGCAUGGGAAAGCAAAUGAUGCGAUUGAUUAUUUUUCGAGGAUGGACAGAGCUGGAGUGACACCUAGUGAUGUUACUUAUAUUGGGGUGCUGAGUGCAUGUAGCCAUGCUGGCUUGGUGGACGAGGGAAAAUACUUUUUCAACCACAUGGUUAAGGUAGUUGGUUUAGAACCUAGAAUUGAUCAUUACGGGUGUAUGGUUGAUCUAUUCGGUCGUGCUGGACUUUUAGAAGAAGCUGAAAAGCUUAUAUUAAACAUACCAAUUAAGCCUGAUGAUGUGAUAUGGAAGGCCUUGCUUGGUGCAUGUAAGAUGUAUGGAAACAUGGAGAUGGGAAAACGAGUAGCAGAAAAGCUGAUGGAUAUGGCUCCUAAUGAUAGUGGAUCCUAUGUGGCUCUCUCAAAUAUUUAUGCCUCUUCAGGAAAUUGGGAGUCAGUUGCAGGGGUGAGGUUGACAAUGAAGGAGAUGGACAUACAGAAAGACCCUGGAUGCAGUUGGAUUGAGCUUGAUGGAGAAAUUCAUGAGUUUCUGGUAGAAGAUGACUCCCAUCAUAGAGCCAAAGAAAUACAUGCCAUGUUGGAGGAAAUUUCUAACCAAUUGAAGUUGAUAGGCUAUAGACCAAACACUGCACAAGUCUUGCUCAACAUGGAUGAAGAAGAGAAAGAAAGUGCCUUACACUAUCACAGCGAGAAGAUUGCAGUUGCCUUUGGCUUAAUCAGUACAAGCCCUCAUUCGCCACUUCGGAUAGUUAAGAACCUACGUGUCUGUGAAGACUGUCACUCUUCUAUGAAACUAAUCUCAAAAAUUUAUAAACGUAAGAUUAUUGUGCGUGACCGGAAGCGCUUUCACCAUUUUGAGGAUGGGUCUUGUUCAUGUGGGGAUUAUUGGUAAUUUUUCAAUUAUAGGUGCAUAAUUGGCAGCCUAUGGUGCAGUUGUAAAUAUGAAUGAAUCAAGAUUUUAGGAAAAACAAAGGCAUACAAAUGCAUUUAAAUAUCCUAUUUCUUCAAUGCUGAGCCUUGUUUGUAUUCAUUUGGUGGAUGUAUCACAGUUAGGCCUGCAACCCGACCAAACCGUGCUUGAUUUGGGCCCGACCCGACAUUCAUGCUAAUACAAAAAAAUCCAACCCGACUCUAGUCGACUCAACCCGUUUCAUAUCGACCAAUCUCCAGAAAUGUCUUUUGAAACCCCUCCGAACCCACAACCUAUACAUGGGUUUCUUCUUCAAUUGCUGUAAAUUCUCUCAAAGCCUCCAAAUCGUUCUCUGUGCAGUCUACUCCGAACUACUAGGUUUCGAAAGCGAGGGUGAGAAGGAACUUAGACAUGGAAUCACCAUGAGGGCCAAGUGGAAGAAGAAGCGCAUGAGGAGGUUGAAGAGGUAGCACCGAAAGAUGAGGCAGAGAUCCAAGUAGUUCUUUGCUAAUAAAUCGACGUUGUUUUGUGUCUAAUCAAUUUUUUAUUAGAGAGUCAUAGUGUUUUCCAUUUCUACGUUUGGAUUUAAUAUCUAAAAGGUUGGAGUUUUGUGCUGUUGAAUGAGUUUAUUCCUUUCGCUCUCCAUCGGAUCUAUCCGAGUCUACAGCGCAUCGAAGAAAAUAGGGCCCAACGUUGCAACAAAAUUGCGCCUCUGACCUCGCGAGCUUGGCUUACUAUCAACCCUAUCGCGUAGCCGCAGCACAGGCAAGGCACGGACUUCGCCGACGACAACGACUUAGGUGAUAACAGAGAGAAAAUAUGAGUGAUGGCAGCUAUGGUUUGAGAUUUAGGUAUGGAUGGCAUAAAGUCUGUGAUUGUCGGAUUGAAACUGACAGUUAGCGGGUUUGACCCGCAAGUUCGUUCAACCCGCUUUUUAUCUGAUGGAUCGGGUCGGUUCGUACGGGCAGAUCGGGUCAGCACCUUUUCUGCAUAGCCCUGAUCACAGUUAUACAAGAGUUUGAUAUCUUACAAUGCACAAUGAUAUAUUC